AAAGUCCAGCUUAAUUCAUCUCUUUUAAAAAAUAUAGUAACUAUAGCAACCAAGGUCAAACAAACAGCGGCAAAAUAUGUUUCAAAAGUGGCAAGUGUGAAUAAUGAAAUGAUAAUAAAUUAUUAAACAGGCAUAAAACCCUUACAACAAUUUUACUUAUGUAACAAAAUUUAUUUGGUUAACUUUAUCGUUGCGUUGUUUAAAACGUAAAGUUUAGAGUAUAAGUACCUAGUAAUGCGUUUACUGCGUCUUCGUUAAGUACUUGAAUACGGAGAGCUAUAUUUUUUCUUUUUUCUGAUGGCUGAAGAAUGGCUCAGGAGCACAAAGGGAUGGAAGCGCUUGGAUAUACAGACAAGGACGGGGAAGUACCAUUCUGGUUGGAAGACAUUACCAAGGAGAUGAAAGAGACACAUAUAAGAAACAGCAACGAAUCGCCUCCCACCCUCGACAAGUCCAAGCUUAGUUACGGCAAGCCUCAGACUCACAGGUUAACAAGAAGGACGUCUUUGGACACCACAAUGGAUUUGCUAACCAAAUCUCAAAUGCAGCCGCUUGCCCAUUCAGCGGGCACCGUUCGGUACAGUAAAGGCUACUCCCAGAACGGGCGACGAAAGUAUCGCAAUAGUCUUCUAGACUGGGACGACACCAACGGUUCAAGCAACGACUUCCUAUCCGAUCUGCUCCCGCACUACGUGACGCCCCGCCAUCGCAGGGAAGACCACGACUUUAAGGAUGUCAUACUGGGGACGAGACAGCAAGACAUUAGAAUAGGCCGAACAAAAUCUAACGAUUCGUCAUCAAGCAUUCAGACUGGCUCAUUAAAAAAAUACGCGAGUUACACCACCAAUCCACCAAAGAAACCCGCAUCACUGAGUUCUAUGUCAUCUUCAAGAAACACCGAAACAAAAAGUACAAAAGAGUGGUUAAAAAGCGAGUUUGUGAUACCCGAAUUGCCUGAAGGGAGGUUGCUGGAACUGAAGAUAUACUCCAACUGGGGGGACAAGUACUUGGUCGGAUUGAACGGCAUAGAGCUGUUUAAUUCGGACGGACAACUAGUGCCAAUUGAAAAGGUAUGGACGGAUUCAGAAGCCGGCGAUACGAAGCACGGUCGCCCCGAUGCAAUCGUGGAUGGGGUGGUACGAACAAGAGACGACCGACAUUGCUGGACUACUCCAAUACCAAGGAGUACACCCGUAGUGCUUAGUUUACUCUUGGCCAACUGCGCGACUAUUGCUUUACUGAGAAUUUGGAACUAUAACAAGUCCCGCAUAUACUCUUCACGUGGGAUCCGCUUGGUGCAGAUCAAGUUGGAUGACCGCGUCAUAUUCCACGGUGAAGUUGCUCGCGCGAGCGGCGAACUCAAGGGCCUCCUUCCUACGUUCGGUGACACGAUCCUCUUCACAAAAGACCCAUCCAUCCUCGAAGCCAUAAUGGUAAACGACAGGAACUUCCAAGCGCUCAUGCGAGACAACGAGCCCAGCGACAUCCCAGCCGACAUGAGGCCUCCUACAGCCGACGGGAGGGACGGACUCAGUCCGAUACUGAAUGAAUCCUGGGAAGAGCAGAAGGAGACCAAAUACGUGGCCAAGAAGAUUAAGAUAACGCUCAUGUCGACGUGGGGACAGAGGAAUCUGAUAGGGCUCACAGGAAUCGAGAUCCUCUGCAACAGCUCCGCCAUCCGCGUGCACCGCGCCUACGCCUACACUUCCCACAUCUCCGAAGACCGCCUUGACCCGUCCAAGAUUCUUGACUGCAAGAGCUUGUUCAACGGACGCAACAUUUCCACGGACUUUGAGGAUAUGUGGUGCACUAACUUUGUGUCGGGGAGCAUGUUUUGUCAUAUUGUCAUGGAAUUACCGGAGACUAGUGAAAUCACAUGUAUUCGCAUCUGGAAUUACAACGCCAACGUGGACCUGUCGUACAUCGGCGCCAAGCACUGCCGCAUCACCCUAGACGGCAACCCUCUUCAGAGCCGCCCGAUAUUACUCCGGCGGGCCCCUGGAGACACCUGCUACGAUUAUGUACAGCAGUUGGACUUGCAGGCUGAGGAUCGGUUAGAAAACCCAAAGGAAGACUACCCAAAGCUGUCCUACAACGGCGGGGCAGAGCCGAGCGCGCCCACCGGCUUCGUUCUGCAGAUCAGCAUAUUCUCCACCUGGGGCGACGCGUACUACGUGGGGCUCACGGCAGUGGAACUGUACGAUCCUAUGGGGAACCUCAUACCUGUUACUGAGACCAAUGUGUGCGCGCACCCGGCGAGCGUGAACGUGUUGGACUCGCGCGCUCUGGACGUGCGGACACCCGACAAGCUUGUGGACGGUGUCGUCUCGUGCGACGCGGCGCACUCUUGGCUCGCGCCCAUCUUGCCACACACACUCAACAGGGUAUUUUUCGUGUUCGAUGCACCAGUAUCAAUUUAUGGGAUGAAAAUAUGGAACUACGGCAAAACUCCCUCCAGAGGCGUCAAGGAAUUUGGAGUGUUGAUCGACGAUUUGCUUCUGUUCAACGGCACGCUGGACUGCGCCAAGCCCGGCGAUACAAUCACACCGCAGUGGAUCUGCCUGCAGAACAACGAUGACGACUCCACGCCAAGCCCCCCUCCACGAAGCACCACUUCGGGCUCGCGCACGGCCGUGGACCCCGCGGCGCGGCCCUAUACCGGCGUCAGCCACAGACACUGACACCACCACUAACAUUCUUAUCAAAUAAGUCCAAAGAUAUGCACCUUCCUCAAGGACGAAGCUGGUCGUAUGAUGGCCUCAUAUGGCGAUGCCUUCUUGGGGGCUUUUUUUGUGCGUCCGCUUCGCUGUCGCCACUCAAGAGACAGACUGCGACCAUAGUUUAAGGCCCCUGGACACAAUGGGCCAGAGCCGGCCAGUCCGAAGGACGCAGCCAUAGACCUAGUAUUACAUAGAUGAGCUAUACGCGUGCCUCCGUGAGGGACAAAACAUACGCAAAGCGACAAUAUUAAAAACACGUUUUAAGAUUCCUGACAACAUACCAAAAACAAUCUACGUAAUUCGGUCGGGUUAUUUGUUGCCCACCAUAAACCAUACUAAAUUUUUGAUGGGGAAGAAACAAAAAGUGAGACUGUGACAAGGACAAGCAAUAAUACCGCUUUAUCUGCUAUUCCUACUGAAAUUUCCAUAAGUGCAUCUCGUUCGGUCGUUUGGCCCCUCCCCCGUGUCAUCUCUAUAUUAUUGUACCUCUAUGGGCGCAGCCAUGCGGUAGAAUGAGAUAGCAAUAUCACUUGCUCCCUCCAACGCAUAAAUGCGUCCCCCAGACUGGCCCACGCUGGCCCAUUGUGUACAGGGGCCUUUAUAUGUGCAAUGUGCUGUAGGUACGCAGAGAUACGUCAACGAUCUUGUUUUUCAUACCUUGUGGAUCUCCUCAUUAAUACAAUCACAUACUCGCUGCAAGGACAAUCCGUUUUAAAAAUAAAGUUAAAAACCUACCUACCAGAAACAAACUUGUCGUUAGGGUUGCCAGAUGGUCAGGAUUUGGCGGGAAUCUUCCGAUUUUUAGCAUGUGUUCCCGAUUCCCGACACAGUAUAAACUGUUCCGAAAAACAGCUUCACGUUAUAAAACAAUAAUUUCAAGUUCCGAACUGUCGUCUAGCGAGCGAGCUGACGUAGUGCCAAUAAUGUAAAAUAUCGUUGUUUUUAAUACAAUUACAAAACUUAUACAAACUAUUAUUAAAAUUAAGUAUAGACUAAAUAAAUUAAAACUAAAACUAAUAAAAUAAAUAAAUAAAUAAAACUUACCCACCUACCUUAGAUCCCCCAGAUCUGUCCCCUGCGGAAGUGUGCCCAUAAGGCUGGCUACAUUCCCACGCUGAAUAGCUAUGCCUAUUCUUUGGCCUAGGAAUGAGUCGUUUCCAACAGUCUUUUACUUUAAUUGGAAUUUUUUUUUUGCCGACUUGAGUCCCAAAAUCCCGAAAAAAUUAUAUUGUUUCCCGAUAAUAGCGCCUUUCGAUCUGGCAACCCUACUUGUCGUUGUAAUAAGGGUAAAGAAAAGGUUUAUUUUAUUAAUGUGUAUUGUAGGCGCACUUAUUGUCUCAUGAUAGCCGUUGCCCCAUUACAUAGCCCGUUAUGUUCGUUUCUAUAAAAAUAUUUGAUUUACAAAUAACUAUCACUCCAAUUGUAGUAGAUAAGUUUUGGUUUAAUGUAUACCGACGAAUAGAUUAGUCAUUAUUGUAAUGCAUGUUUAAAUUUAAAUAAAAAAUGUGAAUUGAGUGGAGUUCUCUGUAAAGCAUAAGGUAGCGCAGAUAUAUAUUUAAAUAGUAACACCUAAUUUACUACCGUUGUUAAUCAAAACUUAAAUUAGUAAUUAUAAAUCAACAUAGUUCAAAUUUAAAUAAGUAGACUGCACCAGCCAAAUAUUAGUUGUUUCUUUAUAUACACAACAAACUAGUGUAGACUUAGGUUAAGCAGGAAAUACAAGUUAAUAUAAUCUUUUUAAUAAAGUGAAUUCAAAAGUAUUUAUGUUCAAUGUUUAGUCAAAUAGUAAGUGUACAGUAUCGUAGAUAAAUUCGUUGUAACGUGCGUCCCUGUCUAGAUUUUUUGUACCAAUAAUAAAUCAACGAUUUUUAAA